GAACACGCUGAAAAUUCAGGCUAGUCAGCGCAAACUCGUCCGACGAAUAGAGAACGUCACGAGAGAGUGGAGAGUUAUUUCCACAGUCGACAUCCUCGGACGCGUUUUCCUUCCGCGGGUAACCGCGCGCGAAGAACAGACACGGUAGUCUUCACCGUGCCGAACAAUAUACAUUUUCGCGCGAAAGUGACAACAUCGCGCGACAGGGCUCUCUCCUCGGGAAGAAAUGCCAUGUGCGUGGGCGAGACAAAAGAGCCGCGCGAGACGGUCUCGUCUGUGACGAGAACGGAAGUCCAUCGCCAAGAACGCUAAUUAACCCAAUUUCUUCGCCGAAGUCGUCUCGGCGAAGCCGAGACACGCGCACCUCUCCUCAAUUCGUCGUGUCAUCGUCCCGCGAUUAUAUCUGCAAUUAGCGCGUGGAUCACGAGAAAAGCCGAGUGACGUGAAAAUCCGAGAUAAGUGUCGGAUGAUUUGAGAAAGAGCCAAGCCGGCUCCCACGAAAGAGAAUUACUGUCCGUAAACAGCGUCGUCUCAAUGAAAAACAGACCGACGACGAGCUUCGUAAUAGCAUCCGGUGUGCUCUCAGUAUUCGCGGCAACAUGCGGCAGCGACAAACGUGCUGAUCUAUCGUUCAUCCGUUUGCUCGCGUAAAAGGAACAAUACGUCCCUGAUGCGCGACGAAAGGAGUUUUAAUCCGAGCAAAAAAUCAGCAUCUUCUCUCUUGGGUGGUCCUUGCUCGAAUCCCUCAAGCGCGUAUCACGUUUCUCGCUACGACCACGUGUGAUAUUCCACCGUCUGUCGGACCCGACAGAGAGAGAGAGAGCGAGAGAGAGAGAGAGAGAGUCCGUGUUGCAUAGCGGAGCGACGAUUAUAGAUAAUAGACGCCAAAGAUAUGACCGAGAGAGGGGGAGCGCGACGUAUCGUCUGAAGGCGACACGCAUGUCGAGCCGCAGAGGCGAGAUCGGGGCCCGUCACUAUCGAUAGCUCGUUCGUGGGAUCGUCUCUCGAGACAGCGAGAACAGCGGACCCGAAGUGCAUUUAUGAAAGCAUUCGUCCAGAAAUGGUCAGCCAACACGCGAUGGCCACCACCGUCCGCAAAGUUAAGCAGGAGAAUCGUCUCAGACGGCAGAAUCAGAACCAAGAUGAAGAGGGGCCUUACAAGCCAGUGCCGCCGCCGAAGCCGGUGCCGAACAAUCAGAAGAAUCAGGACGGUCAGCAAGAGCACGAGCAGGCGGUAGCUGAGUCGCGGUCGACGCGGACGACUUCCGGCCCGGAAAGAAGCGGCAUCACGGAGAACGGGCAGAUUCGGGGCGCCGCGGCCGGGCAGCCCUUCGCACCGGAAUACAGGAUGCCACCCUUGUACGGGGGGGAGGAGCAGAGUUCGAGUCAGGCUCAACAGGCGGCCAGUUUGCAGACUCACAGCAGCAAGUUCCCGAUAGAACGCGAGUUGGUACUGUCGUCGGCGGACAAGAACUCCAAGAUUCCCAUUCUUCACGAGUACAAACAGAGGACCGCCGGAAGAGUCGCCAUCGCGCCGGAUGCGCCGAUCAAGCAACAGGCCUGGGUUCAGGAGGGAACUCAGAUGCAGGAAAUAAGGCAGGACGGCCAAGCGAGGGGCUAUCAGUCACAGGACACUUACUCAUCGACGUCGAGCGGGGCGGUGCCGAGGACGACGACGACGACGACGACGACGACGGUCCCGACGACGAAGAUCGACGAGGAGAAGACCAAGUCGUUGUCGAGGACCUAUCACACCAUUAAGGACAUGAUCUCGAGUCGGUUCGGGCCGAGUCGCAAGGACGUAGAGCCGGAGCCGGAAGCGAGUCUCAACAACGUCACCGAGGAGCUGCGAAAGUCGAGCAGGAGCAUUGACGACGACGAGGCCAGGAAGAAAGAGGGGAUCUACGGGAAACCCCGCGCGCAGGAGCCGUCGGUCAACGUGCAGCAAUAUCCGAAAAAUGCUUACGGUCAGUACGGUCACUCGUACGGUUAUCAAAGCGGCCAGCAAAACGUACCUCUGCCAGGCCAACUGCAGCCGACCGCGACCAUUCAGCCGAACCUGCCGGGACAGAGCGCUCAGCUUCACGUGACCCACCACACUCCACCGGCGGGAGUUCAAACGGUUCAUCAGACCCAGGUUACCGCUUUCGGCCAAGCCACGACAGCAGGUGGGCAGCAGGUGCAAAACGUUACGAGGGAGUACGUGGUUCAGACACCGGGCGGAAUGACCGGCCAGCAAAUGCAUCAAGGGAUCCAUCAGAAUCCCGCGCAAGGACAGGGUCAAGGUACGCAGGUGCAAAAAGCCCACGGCCUCUCCGCCGUGCAGCAGCAUCAGGUGAGCAACGCGAUGCCGCCGACGAGCUCGAGCUACCAGAGCCCGCAGCAGUUGCUUCAUCAGAACCAAAACCACCACCAGAGCCCGCGGUUCGCGCAGCAGCACGCUCAGAACAUGCAUCAGCGUCAGCUGAUCCAACAGAUGCAUCAGCAACAAAUGACCGGCCAGCAAGGCGCGCAAACAUCGGGCCCGCGGAGCGUGCAGCAGCCAACGUACUUCGCCAACAGCGUCUCUUAUCAGCAGUACCAGCAGGCGAGGCAGGCCAUGUCGAGGUCGCAGAUCGACCUACCGAGCACGUCCAGGCAGACGCAGGAGCUGCGUGUCUCCGGCCAGGAGGUUUACUACCACUACGCUCAAGGCAGACCGCGAUACGGUAUUCCCCAGGUGUACAUGAAGACCGAGAGCAAUCAGGAAGCCGAGUUCCAGAGGCGGAACUCCGCCAAGGGUAUCGAGAAGGCGGCCUCGCAGCCGCAGCUUUGCUACGAGGACGAGCGGAACGUCGAAGCCUCCUCCAAGAACCCCGCGGAGAAUCUGAAGAAUCUCACGGUGGACCCGCUGGACAAGGAGAGGUACGAGAUCACGGUGGAGGAUCGGAAUCAGGAUGAAACCGGCAGAAACGGCUCGCAAAGGAACGACGAGUACCGUCCGGAAACUAGCUUCGGCAUCCGGAGGGAUGAAACGCGGACCUCCAAGAGGGAGCACGAGCAGAGCUCGUCGGGUCAAGAAGGGGCAGGCGGAGGCGGAGGCGGAGGUGGAGGAGGAGGUCAAGACUUGGUAGAGGGGAAUUCCGUGCAGAAGAGAAUCGAGGAGCUGCAGAAGCGAGCGGAGCAGGAGGGCGGUCAUUUCGGCUCCAAGUCCGCCAAGGAGACGGACGCGGAUGGCCUGAGGAUCGGCUUGGCCACGAAGAUGAUCGGCGAGGCGUCCAAGCGGCUGGAGGGUGGACAAUACGGCGGCAAGGAAACCGCCGUGAAAGCUGAUAGCCGGAAAGACGAUUUGGAGCGGGGUAUCGGCCGGCUGAAAAUUCAGAAUCAAGGCUCGGGCUCGGAUUACGACAAGACGGGCCAGAGCUCCUCGAAUGUCGAUUCCGGAAGGGGCUCCGCGGUUUAUUCAAGCGGAAGACGCCCACCGCCCGACGAUCAGACCUUGGCGCAAGUUCAAGACUCCGAAUGGGUCGACAUAGUGGAGUCGGAGUUACGGAGUAUUCUGGAGCCCAGGGACGUUCCAGCGAUGGCACAUUCCACCUUAUCCGAAAGCGUGUCCUCGGUGACACCGCCUCUGCCGCCGCUGUCACCCCAUGGCAGUCCGCGUACGCCGAGAAAUCGAUACUCAACGAGUUUACCGUAUGGAUCGAAACCAAAUUACAGCGAUUAUAGCAAGGCUAUGGAGAAGAGAGGUUUCUCAAGCGGCGCUAAACACCGUGGCGCUUCGUCCUCCAAGAAGGAAGCCGCGAAGAAGUUUUCACACCUUUUCGGAGUGGAAGCCGCCGACUUGACAUCCACCACGACAGGACUCGAUUUGGAUUCUAUGUUGGACAGAAGCGACUCCGAUAUGAGUACCACCGACGCGAGAACGAUCAGGAAACAGUUGGAAGGCUUGGAAAAUAUGUACAGCGAAGUGCUUAAAUUGCUCGGCGGGAGCGUGAAGAAGAGGCGAAAGGCGAGAGGACUCACCAGUUACGGCUCGGUCUCGUCAUUGCCGACGUCCUCCGUGUCCUCCAGGCCUGUCACGAGGCAUCACGAUAAACGCAGAUCCCACGUGAUUGAUGACAGGAUGAAGAAAGCCAAAGACAUCAAGAGCAUCAACAAGCGCUUCCAGCGGCUGGAGUCGCAUGUGGUGACGUUGGCGAGAUCGGUGGCCCAUCUAAGCUCGGAGAUGAGGACCCAACAUCUGAUGAUACAGGAAAUGGAGAGCAUAAAGUGCGAGAUUGCGGCCCUCAGGACGCAGACGAGCAUGGCGAUGGUGAGAUCGCAGUCGCAGCCGCUGAUCAAGGAUUCGGAACUGCCUGCCCUCUCCAACCCCUCGAGGGUGAAGAAAUUGACCAAGUUUUUCGGUACGGAGCCACCGCUCAUCCGACUGUUCCUGAGGGAACUUGGGUAUGAGGUAAGGGCAGCUAUUAAUUCCUACGUCGCGCCCCAUCUCGCGGACGACUGCCACUUUCCGUCUUCUGCGAAAUGCACGCGCGUGCACGUCAAAAUAAUCCGUCUCUUUUACGCUCUUACGCUUUUACGCCCUCUUUCUCUUCCUCUUUACCUUUUUUUAAUAACUUGGGCCGUCGGCACCUUUGACAAUCGCAGAAAUACGCUGCCGCUUUCGAGAAGGAAAAGGUCGGGAUGGUGGAGCUGCCCUACCUAAGCGAGGAGAGGCUACAGAAGAUGGGAGUUCCCCUGGGCCCGAGACUGAGAAUCCUCCAGGAGGCGAGGAUCUCGGUAUGCAAGGAUCCGAUUUACGUCGUGUAAAUCCUACGGACGGCGUGAACGCUGGCUUGGCGGCUCGGGCGCGAGCGCAAGAGGACUCGAGGAAAGAAGAGACGCGACGAAAGAACAAAAGGGAGGGAGGG